CUGAAAAUCCAAUAGUUGAAGCUAAAACUGUUGGGUCUAAUGUCAUAAUAAAAACAACUUGCCAUAACCCAAAAUGCCCUGAAGAAACUAAAACAUGGCAAAGUCAACCACCAAUGCCUGGAUAUCAAAAAACCCGUGCUGGAAAUUUUUUAUUGUGCAUGGCAGUACUGCUUAGUGGUGGAUCAUUCACCAAGUUGAGACAAACUUUCUUGAACAUGGGUAUUGGAUGUGUCUCUCACAGUACUUACUUUCAUUAUCAGCGGACUGUGCUGUUCCCCACCAUCUAUCUGUACUGGAAGAAUUAUCAAUCAAAGUUGUUGGAAAAGGCAAAGCAAAUAAAAGAUGGUGUGGUCCUUGCAGGGGAUGGGCGGCAUGACAGCAUGGGUCAUUCAGCCAAGUUCUGUGCAUACACAAUUUUUUGUUGCACAUUUGCAAAGAUCAUUCACUUCAAUAUUGUGCAGAGAAACCAGGCCGGAAGUAGUCCAGCAAUGGAGUUCAUGUCGUUUAAAUUAUGCAUGGACUACCUUCUUACAUCUGCUGUUCCCAUUACCACAUUCAUCUCUGACAGGCAUACCUCAAUUGCAAAAUAUAUGCGGCAAGAUUUAAAGAAUAUCAUACACUAUUUUGAUGUAUGGCACUUGAAAAAAAAAAUUAGGAAAGUGCUUUCCAAAAUUGCCAAAGAGAAGGACUGCGAGGCAUUACAUGAUUGGAUCAGGCCAAUUGAGAAUCACCUGCAUUGGAGUGCCACCUCAACAUUUGAUGGGAAUGGCCUUGUUAUAUUGGCCAAAUUCAAGUCAUUCCUACAACAUAUUGUAAACAUACACUCAUGUCACAGUAACCCGUUGUUUGCAAAAUGUGCCCAUGGUAGUAGCAUUCCAGAUAGAAAGUGGCUGACCGUUGAAAUCAAAACAAAUCCUGACCAAUCAGAAAGAGUCAAAAUUAGCUACCCAAAGUUUAAAAAUGGGGAGGCCAUAAUUCGAAAUGUUACAGUUGCACAGAAUUUUGGAUAUGUGCAAGACAUUUAUGAGAAUUUUCUGUCAGCUAGCAAGAGGGACAUGGCUGAUGCAAUGGUAAAGCUGAAAGAAAUGUGCCCGCCUCCAAUGAAUUCAAUGCUUACUAAGCAAACAAAGCAAGAAGCAUUGAAGAAAAAGUCUGACAGGAUGCAAAUCACUGUCCAACAUUUUCAACCCAGUAUUCCAGUGUUACAAUAUCAAGAACAGUUGAGGAGAGACAACAGUAAAGCAAGUACUGGUGAUGUGACACCCAGACAUUGCAGAACAUGUGGACAACCAAUGAGGGGUCACAAAAAUGUCAAAGAUUGUCCAAAAAACUAUAGCUAAAGGAGCAUCAACCUACCAAUUUAGUUUUCACCUGUCCAUAAAAUUAUAAGCAAUACCUCUUUUAAGAUCUAUAUUCUACAACGCACUCUCACCCCAGCUUUUUUUUACAUUUUUGCAUUCUUUAUACAUCUUGGAAAAUUUAACUAAUCUGAAUCAUCAGAAUAUCCAGUAAAAUUUUCUUUAUCAACUACUGGAAAUGUUUUUCUUAUUGCCAUGUAGGCACAUGCAGGUAGUGGGAAUCGCCUAUUACCAAGGAGACCAUAUACCAGUCUUGUAAAUUCUCUAUAGGAGAUGCUGCGUAGAAAGCUAAAAUAGAAACUUCAGUAUUAGAUUAUGUGAAUUAAUGAAGUCCAUUGUGGGAUUAUAUGUUUUAUGAUUUGUUCAUGAAAAGAACUACCUAUUCUGUCCUGAAA